AUGGGUCUAUUUGAUGGGAACGGGAAACUUCUAGGUUCUGCUAGUAGCCCGAUACAGAUUUGGAAAGUUGGUGACUGUGUUGAGCAAUCUUCGACUGAUAUUUGGCAUGCAAUCUGCGCGGCUGUGAAAGCAGCAUGUUCUCUUGCAAAUGUGGCCGGGCAAGAAGUAACGGGCUUGGGAUUUGCAGCUACUUGUUCCCUUGUUGCUGUGGAUUCUGAGGGCGCACCUGUUACAGUAUCUUGGAGUGGCGACACAAGAAGAAAUGUCAUAGUAUGGAUGGAUCACAGAGCUGUAAAGCAAGCUGAGAGGAUUAAUUCUUCUAACUCAACAGUGUUACAGUAUUGUGGUGGAGCUCUAUCCCCUGAGAUGCAGCCACCAAAGGGUUUUCAGAAACCUAGCAUAGCAAAAGAACAACGGCGACAACAACAGCCAUUACUCCAUGCAACACUGACAGCCACUAGGUCUUCAUGCAGAGGAUGCCCUAGAUCAACAAGAGACGACUAUGAUACUCUACAACCGUCAUGCCAGACCUCCGACAACAUCGGUAACCAAAAACCGAUACCUAGUCAGUCACCCACCGGCAACCACCACAAGCCAAAAAAGAAAACAGAUUUAUUGUGA